CUCACAUUAUGUGGGCUUCGUCAGCAACUUUGACGUGUUCUUGGAGAGACGACAUCUCUUUGGGUCAGACAGGCUCCACCUGAACAGAGUAGGCGCCUGCAUGCUAUCCGCUAACCUGGCACACGGCGUACAGCAUGCCAAUCUUCCCAUACCCGCACCUAUCCAUUCAGUUCCACCUCUGACCACCAUACACACAACACCGGACUUGGACUACAUAUUCACACCAACACAUCACCCAUUCCCGUAA